GAACUGUAUUCGCUACCCCACUUCUGGUAUUGUGCUCCCGAGCAUUUACCGCUCUCGCUAUUGGUGCAACUCUGUGAAGCUCGACAACAACUGCUCCCACUCUGCGUAAAAUUUCGAGCGUUAUGCAUCUUCCAGCUCUCCUCCGGUGGGCGAGAUGUAGACGAUUGAAAGGUAUAUAAGCACCUACAGGAUCGCUUUGUAUUCAGCAGGACCUACCAGCCUCUCCAGCGGAUUACACCUCUUCUACCCGGCUCAAAAUGUCUUUCACUCAACUCUCCGCCUUCGUCUCUGUUGUGCUCGCUGCGACCCAGCUUUCCAACGCGGUCGCCGUCAACAAGCGCGUCACUUGCGCGGACGGCAACGUUACGGCUAACGCUGUCUGCUGUCAACUUUUCCCUGCUGUGGCCAACCUCCAGCAGAACUUGUUCGACGGCGCUCAGUGCGGUGAAGAGGCUCACUCCGCUCUCCGUCUCUCUUUCCACGACGCUAUCGGGUUCUCGAUCAACGGUGGAAAGGGUGGAGGUGCAGACGGUUCUAUCUUGGCUUUCAACAGCACGGAACUCCAAUUCCACGCCAACUCUGGUAUCGAUGAUAUCGUCGCCGGUCAAUUCCCCGUCUUCCAGACCACGAACCUGACCGCCGGUGACUUCGUCCACCUUGCUGCCGCUGUCGGAACCGCGAACUGCCCUGGUGCUCCCCAGCUCGACUUCUUCUUCGGUCGUGCCCCACCGGUGGCCCCCGCUCCCGACCUUACGGUACCAGAGCCCACCGACUCCGUCGACGCCAUCAUUGCGAGGUUCGCCGAUGCUGGCUUCGCUCCCGACGAGAUCGUUGCUCUCCUGUCGUCUCACACCGUCGCUGCCGCCGAUGUUGUUGACGUUACCAUCCCCGGAACCCCCUUCGACUCGACCCCCUUCACCUUCGACACCCAGUUCUUCGUCGAGACUCAAUUGAAGGGCACUCUGUUCCCCGGUAACGGCUCCCAGUCCGGAGAGGUGCUCUCUCCCAUCCCUGGUGAGAUGCGUCUGCAGAGCGACUUCGAGCUCUCUCGCGACAGCAGAACCGCCUGCUUGUGGCAAGCCAUGGUGAACGACCAGACCCGCAUGACCACCCAGUUCAAGGCAGCCAUGCACAAGCUCGAGCUCCUCGGCCAACCCGACACCCUCGUCGACUGCUCCGAUGUCGUCCCUGUUCCCCCGGCUCUUAACGCUAUGAGCGCCGCCCUCCCCGCUGGGUUCAGCGCUGCCGAUGUCCAGGGUGCUUGCCAAGCUACGCCCUUCCCGACGCUCCCCACCAUCCCUGGCCCGGAGACUUCCGUUCCCCCCGUCCCCGGCUCUUAA